UUUUUUUUGGAUUGAAGACCCAUGCAAGGCAUGAUCCAAGUUCUUUAUACUCUUGUUGCCAAUUCACUGAAUUAAGCUCCUCCCAUAAUUGUCCUACUUGAUUGUCAUUUGAUGCACCCUUUUGCACCAUAGCGAGCACAUCUGUCAUAUUUUCAUUAUACUUCUACUACAUUUUAUAUUAUACAAUAGUCUUUUUUAUAUUUUUUUAUAUUUCUAUUUUUGCGUUUUUUGAAUGGCCUCCGACACUCAUCCAGAGGGUGACCAUCACUUACAACAAGAAAAUGCUGACAGCACAAAGGCAGGCACUCCUGGUAGCCAGCCUACAAAUACGUCUGAGGCACCGAGCCAUGGGUUCAUUCUUACACAUCAAGAAUCGCAGGGCUUUCUGGUCACGAGCCCACAGAUGAGUGAGGCCUCUCUUGCAGACGAGUCGCAUCAUCAAACAACCUCAGCCUCAGCAGGCGUAGGUGCCUCAUCAGCAAACAAGACUGACUCCAUGGACAGUAUUGAAUAUACUAAUGGCCAUCCAAGUAGGGUAGAUAAUGGAAGCAGUUCACACUUCAGGAGCCCAACACAGUCCUCGGCUCCAACACACACCUCAGGACAAUACCAUCUUUCAGUCGCCACAUUUCAUAAGCGGAAUCAGGACACUAACUCCUUCAGGACUGGUCAGCAGUUUUUGAUCAAGUUGGAUUUGAAGGCAGCUUCGGGCGAACCCUUGAAUAACCCAAUGUCGCUGAUCCUACCACGUAGAAUGAUUCAAGGCCACCAAAAGGCCAGACAAGCUGACACGAAUUUGGCGUCCACAGCCAGUACUUCUGCAGAUAACCAAUCGGGUUCGACAUCGGAUUCAGCAGCCACAACAGGUCAACCGCACGACAAUUCGUCUUCCUUGACAGGAGAUCCUGAGAGCCAUUUCUAUUUAGAGGUGACAGUCCAUCUGGCAAGUUCAGAGGCUAUUGUCCAGGCGUGUCCUGAAUGUUGUCAUAAAGUCGAGGGCAAAGUACGGAAACCCUCGACUGGACCCGGUGCACCCUCAAAAGCUCAUGCCACGAAUGAUAAUGUGGAUCCUGGCCAGAUCCUGCAAUUUUGCGUAUCAGAACACGUUGUGGAUUUUACUCUUGGGACCUCAACUGUCAUGGCCAAGGUAUUGUGUUCCUCAACCCAUCACGAUAAGAGGGGGAACAACGACCGCUAUUUCUUCAAGUUCAGUUUGGUUCAAUAUCUUGGUGAUCAGAAGAUCCGUGUAGGCUCCUGUAGGACAAAGGAUAUUUUGUUUACAGGGAACCACAAGAACAAAAGCAUGGCGUCAUAUAGUGAAGACAAACCACGCAUUCAGCGCAUAGAGGACGAUGGACCUUCAGGAAUAGCGCCACCGAUGGUCACAGGACAAUCGUUCUUUUCAGAAGAGCCGGAUUCCAUACCCGACGAACUGUUCGAUAAAUAUGGUCAUGCCCAAUCGCCUUACUCCGGGGGACGAUCCCAACAUGGAGCAAGCCAUUCUUCCUUUACAAACUAUAGCAGUCCACGACACUACAAUUCAGAUCAUAUCCCACGCAUUCAUGAGCCUUCGUCUCCUUUGAAUGUUGACUCACCACGUCUGCGGCAACCCACCAUUGAAAAAGAAUCUUACAGUAACCUAAGCACUCGCUCAUCAAUGUCUGUACAGAGCCCAGGCUCCGGUUAUACAGGACCUUCUAACGCUAAUCAUGCUUCCUUGAUGGUUGAUUCCAGGCCAGGCAUGCAUUCUGGAUUUUCACCUAUCAGGUCAAGGUCUUUGAAUGACACACUGAGUAUUCCCAAGAUUACAAAAAUCAUUCCUGACGUAGGCGAUAUGCUUGGAGGCACUGAAGUGACCAUAUUCGGCUCUGGAUUCAGAGGUAAGCGCGACAUUUUUGUUUUGUCAUGCGCAUGUCUGACAUGUUUUAACACCGUCUCUCUCUCCUUCUCUUUUUUUUAGCCGGACUAGUACCUUACUUUGACUCUUUGCCUGCAACCAAUGUCAAAAUUUUUCAUUCGGAUGUGCUGACAUGUCGGACACCGCCACGAAUCCAGCCAGCUUUAGUCUCUGUCGGGU